AUGAGCACGGAAGGCUUCCAGUACCGAGCGCUGUACGACUACAAGAAGGAGCGCGAGGAGGACAUUGACCUUCACGUUGGGGAUAUGCUGCUGGUGAGCAAAGGGGCGCUGGCGGGGAUGGCGGCCCUGGGUUACACGGACGGCCUGGAACAGAGGCCCGACGAGAUGGGCUGGCUGCCCGGCUUUAACGAAACCACACAGGAGAAGGGCGACUUCCCCGGCACGUACGUGGAGUACGUCGGCAAAAAACGCAUCUCGCCGCCUACACCUAAACCGCGCCCGCUGCGCCCGCUGCCGGUCACCCCGGCGACAUCCAGGGCUGAGGCCGGUUCCGACUCGGAGCAAGCAAGCUUAUGGCUGCUGGACUUGACGGAGCAGUUUUCCCUUCCCGAGACAGCCCCGCCCCACCUGACCCGUCUUCUCGACGCCAUCGAGAGGAAAGGUCUGGAGAAUCCCACAUUGUACAGGACUUUUACUGCAGAAGGCGGUCAUGAAGUCAGGCAGUAUUUUGAGUUAGAUCCCUCAUCCGUGGAUCUGGACAAGAUGGAGCUUCCCACCCUGUGUGAUGGCGUGCGCCGGUACCUUCAGGAUCUCCCACAGCCCAUCGUCCCGCCCACUGUGUACGCACAGCUGGUGCACACCGUCAAGGAAGUGUCCAAUCCCGACGAAUGCGCCCAGCAGCUACACCGCAUCGCCAGCAACCCAGGCCUUCCUCCGCAAUACUGGCUGACCCUCCAGUGCGUACUGCGCCAUUUGGCCCGCGUGUGCCAGAGUGCCGCGAAGAACCUGUUGAGUGCUCGUACACUGGGCGAGAUUUUCAGCCCAGUGUUCUUCAGACAGCAGAGCACAAGUUGUGAGCCCAGCCUUGAUGCCCACGUCAGGAUUAUCGAGGUUCUGCUGGCCAGCGAAUGGACUGAAAGUCAGACAGCUCCAGCUCUACCUCCGAAGCCGCCCAAACCCGCCCCCGUCACUAACAACGUUCAGAACAACAGCAUGGCGCUGCAGGACGCCGAAUGGUACUGGGGAGACAUCUCCCGCGAGGAGGUCAACGAGAAGUUGCGGGACACGGCGGACGGUACUUUUCUGGUGCGCGACGCCUCCACCAAGAUGCACGGCGACUAUACGCUAACACUGAGGAAAGGCGGCAACAAUAAGCUCAUCAAGAUAUUCCACCGCGACGGCAAGUACGGCUUCUCAGACCCGCUCACUUUCAGCUCCGUGGUGGAGCUCAUCAACCACUACCGCAACGAGUCGUUGGCGCAGUACAACCCGAAGUUGGAUGUCAAGCUGCUCUACCCGGUCUCCAAGCACCAGCAGGAUCAAGUGGUGAAAGAGGACAACAUCGAAGCCGUGGGCAGGAAACUCUGCGAGUACCACCAACAGUACCAGGAGAAAAACAAGGAGUACGACCGUCUGUAUGAGGAGUACACCAGAACUUCUCAGGAAAUCCAAAUGAAGAGGACCGCCAUCGAGGCGUUCAACGAAACCAUCAAAAUCUUCGAGGAGCAGUGUCAAACGCAAGAGCGGUACAGCAAGGAGUACAUCGAGAAGUUCAGGAGGGAAGGCAACGAUAAGGAGAUCCAGAGGAUCAUGGGCAAUUACGAGAAGCUCAAGUCGAGGAUUAGCGAGAUCGUGGACAGCAAGAGCCGCCUGGAGGAGGACCUGAAGAAGCAGGCGGCCGACUACCGUGAGAUCGACAAGCGGAUGAACAGCAUCAAGCCAGAUCUCAUCCAGCUGCGCAAGACCAGAGACCAGUACCUCAUGUGGUUGACCCAAAAGGGCGUCCGGCAGAAGAAGCUCAACGAGUGGCUAGGAAUCAAGAACGACAACACCGAAGAUCAAUACUCUAUGGUGGACGACGACGAAGACCUGCCCCAUCACGACGAGCGCUCCUGGAAGCUUGGCAACAUCAACCGGUUGCAGGCCGAGGCCCUCCUCCAGGGCAAGCGAGACGGAACAUUCCUAGUGCGGGAGAGCAGCAAGGCCGGAUGCUACGCCUGCAGCGUCGUCGUGGACGGCGAGGUGAAGCACUGCGUCAUCAACAAGACGCCGUCGGGCUUCGGUUUUGCCGAGCCGUACAACCUUUACGGCUCCCUGAAGGAACUGGUCCUCCACUACCAGCACACCUCCCUGGUGCAGCACAACGACUCUCUGAAUGUGACGCUCGCGUACCCCGUCUACGCUCAGCAGAGACGGUGA